AUGCAACCAGUAGCCAGCCGUUUUCCCUUUAUCGAGACAUUCUCACACGCCGUCUCUUCUCAGGAGAACUCCGGGCAGCGCGCAAGCACGCUCAUACCCGCAAAGGUUCUGGUCAACCUCUCUGGCAAUGUACGCCGCGACCUCCACUACGUCUCCCGACUACAGGAGGACGUUGAUGAGAAGCUUAAGAGCUGCUCCCAGUACCACACCACCUGGAUCCAAGAGGUGCGGCGCGACGCGUCCCAGGCCUUACUCGACUUCAACUCGUACCUCGAGCACAAGAUGCCUGCCAGCGGCAACGGCGGCGCGCCUCCUAAAAUCAAAAAAGUCAUAAAGAACAGCAGAAAAAUGGCAAGUCUCGAGAGACAGCUGAAUGCCGCGCAUGCAGGUCUCGUUGGUAUCAUGGGCUUUAUGCAAAUGCUGGGGUUUAAGAGCGGAACCUUGCUCAUCAAUCCUACUCAGACUCUGUAG